AUGGCGUAUGAUGCAGUUACAGAAGCGCAUGAGAGGCUUAAAGAAACUAGUGAUUUAUUAAAGGAAACAAUCGAUAUGAAACGAGUUCACAAACUAGCAUCUAGUAAUGGUCGCUUAACAUAUGAUAGAAUGAUUAUGCAUGAAAGACAUUUAUUUCCGGAUAUUAGAGUAAGAAGAGAUGUGGCAAAGUACUUAUAUGCUAGAAACACUAUUAUGAAAUUAUGGUAUUCUAAGCCUCAUGUUGAGUUGACGUUAGGAAAGGUCCUUUCCCAGUUAUCACGACUGAAACAUGAUGUAGUCUUAGUUUCUAGAGUUCAUUCGUAUUUGAUACGAUAUGGUUAUAUCAAUUUUGGUUUAUUCAGAUUUAUAAUAGAACCUAAGUUGAGAUGUGAUAAGAAAGUUAUUAUUGUUGGUGCUGGUCUUGCUGGUUUGAGUGCAGCUCAACAGUUACUCAAAUGUGGUAUUGAUGUUGUUGUUCUAGAGGCGAAUACACGAGUAGGAGGAAGGAUUUAUACAGCUAGUCAUCAAAGAGUAGGAGGUGGACGAGACUUUGCUGAUCUUGGAGCAGCCACUGUUAGGUCUAUAAAAGCUAACCCAUUAGGAACUCUUCUAGCACAAUUGAGUUGUACACCAUUUUCAAUAUCUAACAAAAUUCCGUUAUAUAAUUCUAAAGGAAUGAUACAGAGUUCAGUUAGGAAUACGCUGAUGAAGCAUUUGUUCAAUCAUGUUAUCAAGUUAAUCGGACAGGCUAACUCAGAAGAAGCUAUGAUAGACGGUGAUGGUAAAGAGCUUGAUCUGGAGAGAUCAGUCUUCAAUAUGAUUCAAGCUCUAGAAAUAGAAAAUCAGUACACUAGGAACAAAUAUUGGCAUACUUUUGGGGACAAGUUAACAGAAAUACUUCAAGCGAAUGACGAUAAGAACAGUGAACUAGCUUUGAGUAAAUGUCCUCCAUCUGUAAGCUCCAUCCAAAUCAUUCCGCAAAAGUCAGAAAAUUUGACUCAAGCAGAAAUCGAAGCAAGGCGCUAUGUUGAUGAAUUGAACAGCAAAACUCAAGAAAGAAGAGAAAAAGAGGAAGCUGCAGCAAAUGAACAAAGAAAGAAAAAUGAUUAUUCGAGGCGGUGUGCACCAGCUGAGCAGUAUAUUGUAGAGCAAGAUAUGAAACUGCUGAAUUAUCAUAAAGCAGUUUAUGAGGGUAAUCAUGGUGCUCCUCUUAGUUUUCUUUCUUCCAAAUUUUCUUAUAUGCAUGAACAGUAUCGCAGAGAUAACAAUAAUAUUGAGGUUAAAGAAGGUCUUGGAUAUUUAAUGAAAAAAAUGGCAUCUCGAUUAGAAAACAAGAUUGAGUUAGGCAUCAAAGUAACGGAAAUAGAUUAUAGUAGAGAAGGAGCUGUAAACGUGAAAUACAAGAAAAAAGGAUCAGAUGAAGUUUUUUUUGUAAUGCAAGGAGCUUGUGUCUUAGUCACUGUACCUCUCGGAGUGUUGAAAGAAGUAGCGGAGAAUAAGAAAGAUUGUAUGAAGUUUGUUCCUCCUUUACCGCAGCUCAAGUUGGAAGCUAUUAAAGCCAUGGGAUGGGGCCAUGUAAACAAGGUUUCACUCUGGUUCGACGAACAGUUUUGGAGUACAACAGCUCAUUGCUUCGGGUACUUGAACGAAGAACCCGUUGAAAGAGGCAAUAUGUAUUUCUUCACUUCUGCUCCUGGCUCACUUGUUCUAACCGCAAUGCUGUCUGGAAAGUCAGCUGAAUUUGAAAAGGGAGACGAGGAUAUGAUGAAAGAUUGUUUGCAUGUUUUAAAAAACAUUUUCGGCGAGAAAAAAGUCCCAACUCCUCUGAAGUGUGUAGUGAGUCGUUGGCACCAAGAUCCGAAUAUAAGAGGAGCUAUGUCUUAUUUACGGCCAGGAACGAGUCCACGUGUAUGUGAUUUGCUUGCGCGAACGCUUUACACAAUGUCUGAUGAUGAUAAGGAUUUGCGUUCAAAAGUUUAUUUCGCCGGAGAGCAUACAUCUAGAGAUUUCCUGGGAACUCUUGAGGGUGCAUAUUAUAGCGGUGUGAGGGAAGCUGCAAAGAUUAUUGGUGGAAUUCUGGGUAGCCCCUUCAAACACUUGCCCGAGUUUGUGGAUCUAUUCAAGAAAGCUGCUGAAUACACACCUAACACGGAAGACAAACCUGAGAGUGAGGAUUCUAGUUCCUCAACGCUACCUUCGGAUACUGGAGAAAAAGUACGUGCUUGUAGUUCACCAAACAACGUCGUAGAUGACACAACCAAGAAUGCGCAGCCGCUUUCUAACCCUACUGAAUGUGAAUCAGUUAAAAACUCUUUUUCCUCUAGCCCCAAAUUAGUAUUAGAAGUAGAGAAUGUGGAAGCAUCUAUGUUCAUUAAAGAACCUGAAAAGAAAUCUCUAAGUCCAAAACGAAACACUGACCCACAGGUUGAAAGCGUUGGAAGAGGAUUGCUAUCGAAGAUUGAAGCAGAUUUUCAAAAAGAAGUUGUUAUAUCUUGUGCAACAGAAGGAGCUGACGAAAUGAAAUGCAAACAUCAGUCCGCAACUAGUUCCUCCAAUGGAAACCAUCAAGAAAUUAUUUCGUCAGUUAGGAAGUCAGUGGAAAAAGAUUCUGAGGAGGCUCACUCAUCACGGAUAGAAGAUGUUGAAAAGAUGGAAGUUGAUCAACCCGAAAGGGUUCCCCUGAAAAUGAGAAUCGAUAAAAGAUCGAUGACGAAAGAACUCAUUUUACGGCUAUCAUCAAAACCAGAAGCAUCUAAAGUUUAUACUGAUACAUCAAGUUCUUUACCAUCGACACCCGAAGUCGAUUCACCGAACCUUAGUAUAGAUAGAACUGAAGAAUUUGCUACGCCUGAACUUCCUGAUCCUGCUAAUCGAAAGACUAGGAAGCGUUCGAACUCUCGUGUACAGAUCGAAAACAAAACAAAUAACGAGGACUCACCAACCCUAUCAUCCGAUACGAGCAUGGAGAUGGAGCAAAUACCAACCACAAGAGGAAGAUCUCAAAAAGUUGCUCUUGCCACUUCGGACGGUACUUUGGACCCAGACGGUAACUGUAUUUGGGGAGGAAGAAAGAUCUUGAAGCCUAGAAAAUGUGCCCAAGAGAGCGUUGAGAAAACGAAAGUAAUGCAACGACCAGCGAAAAAACAAGCUAAAAAAGCUGCUGCAUCUAAAGCUUCUAAGAAAGUACAAGUGGUGCAAGAAGAAAAACCAUUUGUGGAUCCACCAAUUUAUGGUAUUUCUCCGAUCGGAAAUCGUAAAAUUAUUCCUACAAAAGAAGAUGAAGAGCGUGACCAACGGAAUAGCAACCCAGGAAGAGUCAACUACUUUCCGGCUUGGUUCACCGAAGGAUCCAAGUUUCUUUUCAAAAAACCUGUUGGUUGUAUUGAAAUAGAACCUGAAAGGGAAUUUGAUGUUGUGUUAGAAGAUCCAUGCUUCGUUUCUCUGAGAAGAGGUAAAGUGAGAGUGGAGAUCAAUCAAGAGAUCGAAGAGACACCUAAGAAGAGAAAUCUUUGCGAAGACUGUAAGAAAACGUGCCCCAAAACACCAGUCACUACACCCGAGAUGCCGAAAGAAAAGAAACGUGAUGUUUUGAAGCAGCGAGCAGCUAGAACUAAAGCGGAGAAAUUAAUAUCUGAAUCUAGAGGAUUGGAAAAGAAAAAACGUAACAUCAGAAGAACUAGUUUCACCACUUGUAGAGUUAUAAGUGAUAGAUCUUCAUUCAAAAGAAGGAAAACAUCCGGCUUUGAAGUUAUGAAUAGCCCUCCAACAGUUGUGGACGAUCUUAUAAUUCUGAGUAGCUCUCCUUGCGAAGAAACGAUCUCAACAGAUUUUACCAAAUCUUAUAGAGCUUUCAGCAGUCCACCAAGAACUUUCAGCAACAUUCCUGCUGUCAGCAGUUCUUCUAGAGCUUUUAGCAGUUCUCCCAGAGUUCUUAGCAGCUCAACAGUACACUCCAAACUCUCUAGCGUUGUUGGCGGUUUUUCUGAAGAUCCUAUCACUUUUCCUACAGCUCUCAGCAAUAGUUCGGAUUACAACAGCUCUACAGUUCUAAGCAGCCCGCCUAGAGCAUUUAGCAGCUCUCCUAAAAAUCUUGCCAGCCCUGAGAAAGCCCUCAGCAACUCUUCUAGAUCUUCGAGCAAUUCUUCUAGAGGUACAGUUAGUCCUGCCAAAGCCAUGAGCAGCCCUCCUAAAACUCAACAUAGUCCUACAACUGUGAGCAGCCCUUCCAGAGCUUUUAGCAGUUCUCCUAGAGAUCUUCAAACUCCUUCAAAGGUUUCUAGAAGCCCCACAGUAAUUAGCAGCCCUUCUAGAACGUACAUCAGUUCUCCUAGAAAUAUCAGGAACUUGUCUUUGGAAAGAAAUGAAGCAUUAGUUGAGGGAGACGUGGAUAUGGAAUUAGAUGUCUCUGCUUACGAGGAAAUUGAAACUACGUAUUUCGAAAAUCAAAAUCAUCAUCGAAAUAAUUUCGAAGAUAAUAUCGUUUCCCCUCAGGGCGUAGAAGAAGAGAUGCGUAACGAAAACACAGCAUUGAUGCUGGAUGUUUCGGCUUAUGAGGAAGUUGAAACUACCGAUGAAUCAAAUUCCAAGCAUGACGAAUACACCGAGACUGGAGCACCUGCCGAUUUACCCUACUACGAUGGAGUCACGGAAUUAACUAUGCUCGAACUGGAAAACGUUUCCAACAACAACACAGAGUAUUGUGGGGACAACAUUAAUGCUAAAAAAGAUCUCAGUGAUUCUCAUGAAGACCCCACGGAUGAUAGUGAAAGUACGGAAUCUUCAAGCGAGAGUGACAAAUCUGAUGAGCCUGACGACCUGUAUUCAUCAGAACUAACUUUUGAUGUGUCCGCAUACGAAGAAGUUGAAACGACCGAUCUGAACGGUGUUAGUCUUUCACGCGAUGGGUCUGAAAAUGAUGAAAUGUACUACUCUCCCAAUGCAGAACCAUCUAAUGUGAAUGCUGAAAUCAAUUAUGCAGAAAACACAACUGUUGGAUUUGAAAGUCAAACAGCAGGGGAAUCAACGAAUACAAACUCUUCCAACGCUUUGAACCUCAUUCUUUCUGCUUACGGUGAAGAUGAUCUCGAAACAACGUCAUCGGAUUCAGUGUUGUCGUCUCCAGACGAAUCAAUUCUAGAUGAGCAGUUACAAGAUGAUGAAACAACAAUCAUCGUACCUGAUUUUGAGCCCCAAAAUUGA